UUCCCUUCUGCUUUCUUUCUCUGCAUUCCCUGUGAAUCUCAAAAAGUCAAUCUCAAAGAAAUAUUCCAGCCUCCUGUUCAACUCUGAUCUUCAAGAUGGUCAAGCUAGCAUGGUUAGCCGCGGGGGCUCUCCCAUUCGCCACGUUGGCGAAUCCUUUGGUCUCAAGACCGGACGUUACGAAUGGUUCCUACGUUGUGUCGAUUGCACGGAAUAACGUCCAAGCUGCCACACCGCUCAGCCAUCUCCCGCAGAGCACUCCGAAAGUGCUGUCUCACGUGGCGGUACCCGUAAAGGAUUCCGAACCUGUCAAUGCAACCCUCUUUGGCCAUGCUUCAGAUGCUACAUCGCCGGUCAAGCACCAGGUGCUAGUUGCUGUGUUGCCCUUGGCUUCAACCACCGUGACUGCCAGUACGACAGUAUCAGGACCUCUCACAGGCACGCUCGAUGCCUUGUCUGUCCUCUGCGCAGCGAUGGCUACUCCACCGACUUACUGUCAAGCUGUUCCAUCCGCAACUGCUACUAGCGCCACGGAAUCGACUGCCGCCCCUGUCAGCAGCGGUGCUUCAAGCGGAGCUGCCAGCUCCGCGCAGGCCACGACGACGACUACUGCGUCGAUUGUUUCUGGACCCACUUCUGGGGCCAGUACGGCAACCAGCGAGACGUCUCGUCGUGCUUCAUCGACAGCAACGACAGCCGCACCGAGCUCUACAGCGGCAUCUUCAUCCGCCUCCAACAGCGCCAGCAGCACGGACAGCUCAAGCUCUGGUUCUUCCGUUGGGGCCCAAUCGACAAGUGCCGCUGCCACGAGUGCGACAUCUACCGCCUCUAGCACCUUGAGUACGACGACGUCUUCGGCAACGGCAGCGGGAACGGUCGUACCCCCGGUGCCCGCGGUGGCUGGCAGUACAGCUGUUGCCACAGUACCGCUUUUCGUUACUUGGUGCUCUGCUUUUGUUUUGGGAGCCAUGUUGCUUUUGUAAAGAUGAAUUUGUGUUUCUGUUUUUCUUUUCUUAUUUUUCCGCAAGAUACCCUUAUUAUUUUCCUGACGUUAACGAAUGACGAUGGAUUGGGACGAAACAUGGAAAAGCAUACGAUUUGGCAUGGCCGCUUGUGGAAGCGCGCAAACAUAUAGAGAUUUCGAGAUAUAUAGCCU